UCAUCCCCAAGGAUCAUGAGACUUCUGUUGCUGACUCUUACCAUCCUUGCAUUCCUGCCCCAAGUGACCCCAGCCUAUAGUGGUGAAAAGAAAUGCUUGAGCAAAUCGGGACACUGCAGGAAAAAAUGUCAACAUGGAGAGAUGCCAUGGGAACUAUGUAAGAACCAUCGAAUCUGCUGCAUUUCGACCAGUCAAGCCUUUAGAAUCAGGAAGCUUAUUCAGAAAACAACCACAGCCUUCUAUGAUUUUUCCUUUAUAUCAACCUCCACAAUCAUGUUCGAUGAUAUGAAUCCAUCAAGCCCUGAAACGUUCUACGGGAACGAGCAGACAACCCCCACGACAUUCUUUGAUUUUACAGAUACAACGAAAAUGAUUCCCGCUACAGACAACUUUGAAGCAGAAAAUUACAAUGGGGAAAAAUCUGACAAGAAGCUUGCGACUCAAACCCCUGUCCCAGCGAUUCAUCAUAGCUCAUCAUAG